AUGACUAGCGACAACACCGAGAAGCAGACCUCAGCGGAAGAGGUCGAGGCGCAGCCCGGUCCUGUUUACGAUGUCGGCAAGAAUGUCGAUUACGAUAGAGCGGGCGCUAUUGAGGCCGAGCAGGUCGAACAUAAUAUGACUGUGCUUCAGGCUGUCAAGGCCUAUCCCGCUGCCAGUUGGUGGGCAUUCGUUAUGUCAUGCACCAUUAUCAUGGAGUCAUACUGUGUAUUCCUAAUGGGACAGUUCAUUGCCACAAAACGAUUCGCCCAGGACUUUGGUGUCAAGAGCGAUGUAACCGGCGAGUGGAUUAUCGAAGCUUCAUGGCAGUCAGCAUUCCAGUGCAGCGGUCCCCUUGGUGCCUUCAUCGGUGUAUUUGUUGCAGGUCCCAUUACCAGUUGGAUUGGAUAUCGAUGGGCAACCAUUGGCGGCCUCAUGGCUUUGAACGCAUUCAUCUUCAUCUUCUACUUCGGCAACAGUCAGGGCAUGUUUUUCGCAUCCCAGAUCCUAGAAGGCAUUCCCUGGGGAAUCUUCGUGGCUAAUGCCCCGGCGUAUUGUGCUGAGAUUGUGCCAUUGAGAUUGAGAGCUCCAGCAACGCAGAUGUUGCAGAUGUUUUGGGCAAUUGGAUCGAUCAUUGUCGGUGGUAUCACAUACCACUAUCAAACCAAGGAUGACCCGUCAGCAUACAGAGUUCCUAUUGCGCUGCAGUGGAUGUUCCCUACUCCCCUCGCUAUCCUACUUUUCCUUGCGCCUGAGUCGCCCUGGUGGCUCGUGCGAAAGGGCCGUCUGGCCGAGGCAGAGAAGGCAGUGCGACGUCUUGGACGCGCCAGUGCAAAUGAUAAUCCCGCCGAUGCAGUUGCAAUGAUGCGUCGCACGAUCGAACUCGAGAAGACUGAGAAGAAGCCCAAUCUCAUUGAACUGUGGAAAGGCACCGAUCGCUACCGCACAUUGAUUGUUUGCGGUGUGUACGCAUCUCAGAAUUUGACUGGCAAUUUGAUUGCGAACCAGGCCGUGUACUUUUUCAAACAGGCCGGCAUGGCUGAAAACACCGCAUUCGCACUUGGUCUCAUCACUUCUGCCCUCCAGUGGAUCAUGGUCAUGCUCUCUUGGAUUCUCACCACAUACCUCGGCCGACGUACCAUCUAUGUCUACGGUCAACUCAUCAACUGUGUAUUCUUGGUUGCACUCGGUAUUGCGGCUUCAGUUGGCCAUAGUAACGCGGCUAGCAAUGCGCAAGCAUCACUUGGCUUGAUUGUUUCGGUCCUGUUCUGCUUGGGACCCGCCCCUGCUUCAUGGGUCAUCAUCGGCGAGACACCCUCCGUUCGUCUCAGGCCACUGACAACCGGUAUUGGACGAGGUGCCUACUACGUGGUCAAUAUUCCUUGCAUCUUCCUCAGCAGCUACAUGCUCAACUCUGAUAAGUGGAACCUGGGUGGCAAGAGCGGCUACGUCUGGGCUGGUACCGCCUUCAUCUGCACUGCCAUGUCUUACAUCUGGAUUCCCGAGAUGAAGGACAGGUCCUUCCGUGAGAUCGACAUCUUGUUCAAUCGUAAGGUGUCUGCUCGCAAGUGGAAGGAGACCGUUGUCGAUAUGCAGGAUGACGAGUAG